AUGGCGCAAACUGACUACAAGUUUGAGGGCUGGAUGGGCCUGGACUCCAGCUCCAGCGAGGGCAACAUGGUCUGGCAAGAAUUUCAGCCCAAGGAGUGGGAGGAGACCGAUGUCGAUAUCAAAAUUUCGCACUGCGGUAUUUGCGGUUCGGAUUUGCACACUCUCCGCAGUGGCUGGGUGAGUUUCUUAUCUUUUUAUGUUUCUUGA